AAACAGUUGAAUUUUGACCAAUGACCAAUUUUAUACGGCAUAAGUCAAAAUAGUUGUUUAAAUUCGUUAGUUUAAUUUGUAUCUCAGUAUAAUUGAUAUAAUUAGAUAUGUUGUUAAAUAAAUCUCAUUUUGUUAAUCCCCAAGAUAUAUCUUAAAUUUACAUAUGACUUCUAACGCGAACAUUUUCAUACGGUUGAGGGUCCUUUAAUUUGAGCAAUGACUAGCGCUGUGAAGGGGGCCGGUUGUUUUUAGUUUUCUGAGCUGAAAAUGCUGUGAGGAAGGACGUUUUCAUUCUUUUCCCUCCGUUCGCGUUUCUCGUUACCAUUUCAGUUAUUUGCAUUCGGUUAUUCAUUACGGUCUAUUUGAUAAUUAAUAUGUUCGCCUUGAGAAGAGAACAGAAAACAUAUCAAUCGUGGAAUUAGGGAAUUCCGUGGUGCUUGGAGGUUCAGCGAAAAGGAACAGGAGCUUCGCCAGAGGCCGGGAGUUCUCUUGGAAUCGUCGUAGCGUUCCUCGCCAGUCCCUGGGUAGAGCCAGGUGACCUCGAGCGUGGCCAGGGGGACCUUCCACUGCUGGGAAAGCGGACAACGACCAGCAGGAACUGCCUACGAGCUCGACCAAUUCGACUCUCGAAGAUGAGUUCGGCAUCAACUGGGGGUACGGAGGGGUCCAGUCCAGCCUCCAGCCCUGCAUCAGCGGCGAGCCUUGCAAUGGCAGCGCCAAAAUAUGGCACUCUGGUACCUAAUCGUAUAUUUGUGGGUGGUAUCUCAGCAAGUACCAGCGAAGCAGAACUUGCACAACUCUUCUCAGCGUAUGGCAAUGUCAAAGCUACAAAAAUAAUUUCCGACCGUGCCGGAGUUUCUAAAGGAUAUGGUUUUGUCACAUUUGAAACUGAGGAGGAAGCAAAAAGACUUCAGCAAGAGUCUGAAUGUAUUGUAUUGAGGGAGAGAAAGCUGAACAUAGCUCCUGCAAUUAAGAAACAACCUUUCAAUAGGUCAUUUGACGGAGGUUCUGGAUCGCCUCCUGCAGUACCCUCCAAUGCAUAUUACUACACAAAUGGAAUGGGUCUUACGUAUCAAAGUGGAAUGACAUUCUACAACACAGGAGCGCCGGCUCCUGGUACUCCCAUUGCUCCUUCCGCUGAUCCUGCAACCAUAUAUCAAGCAGCAGGAGUCUUUGGACCUCAACCAGCAACGGGGCACCAGACAUUCGCACCAGUUAUGUAUCCUUGCCCAGCGCCAUCAUUAUACAUGCCACAACAGUACCAGUAUACCCCAAUGCCGUACGAUUCGUAUUACGCUGGAGCAGCUGCCGCCGGUGCUCCACAAUAUCUUUACACAACGAGCAGCGGUCCACAGAGCAACAUUGGCAGUGGAAGUGGCGGCGGCGGAAGUGGUGGUGGAGGUGGUGGGGGUCAGGGUGUUCCUGGUAUCGGUGGUUCAAACGGUACCAGCAGUAACAACAGUGGUAACACUAAUAUCAACGGUAGUAACAGUGCAACCGGAGCCACAAGUACGCCUACGGUCUCUCACCAACAGCAGCCCUCAUCUGCAACGACGUCAGGCCUCUCGUCAGUUGCAUCUCUUGGUCCACCCCCGCCACCCUCAGCCAAUCACCACUUCUAUUCUACGGGCGGUCCUCCGCCUCCUGGGCUUCAUCAUCCUCCGCUUGUCACAUGCCCACCGGCUCCAACUCAGAUCGAACAGCAUCUUUAUUACUCGUUCCCCACCGCUGGACCGCCAGGUCCUCCUCCGCCUCCAUCAUCUGCACAUGCUACUCUCGGCCUACCGGAUCAGCAGCUAUUGCUCUAUGCAACUGAUGCUUCUACUGUUGCUACCUGCCAACAGACAUCAGCUGACGCUCAGACUUCUAACCAAGAGGACUGUCGUUCAACGUCGAGCCACUCGGAUCAACCGCACAGUGAAACGCAGGCUGUUCAGCCAUCGGGAUCGGCUACACCUCUGGUAUCCUUAAUGCCCUUCAAAUUCCCCGUGUCCGCUCGAUAUACGAAUUACCAUCCGAUCGCAAUCCACACCGCGAACUUGCACGGCUCGCAGAGUUCCUUGAACAAUGCCGAGGAGUGCAACAGCAAUCAGAUGCACUGCAGGACCAUCUUGUACCAUCAUCCGGCCGCGGUUUACAUUCCUCACACGCACGGACCGCAACAGCCUCCGCCUCCGCCACCGCCACCACCUCCGCCGCAGCCCCCGUCGUUCCACGACGGCUCGACCGGGGGCAGCCUCCUACCCACACCUCCACCGCAUCAUUACAAUCAACCCACUAGCUUCGAGUCGAGCUUCAAGAUGCAGAAUGUCACGCACAAGGACUACUCGAAGGUAGUGGGUACACAAAACGCCUACGCAAAGUCACCGAAUCUUAACAUCGCCCUGAUCUCGGGCGCUUAUCAUCAUACCGGUGGCUACGGGAAGGGACCGCAGAGAUACGCGGCAUCCGUGGACCAUGCGAUGAUGGGUCACAAGUAUCAGUCGGGUGGUAAUGCAUUUAAUUCUCCACGCGUAUCUCACGGUCCUGCCCAUCAGUAUUGCAAGAGAAGCGCCAACCUGGGCUCGCCGUCGCCUUCCGGCUUUUAUACGUCGCAAAAAUCCAUCGCCACCCUGGCUCACUCCUCCGCUCAAGCUUUUCAAAAGUCCUCGAGCUACAACGUCCCGCCGUACGUCAACGGACACUUUUAUACCUGUAACUCAGGCCCUCAGAGAACGACGAACGAAUCGAGGCAUUUCGAUAACGCCAAUGGUCGUCGCAAUAUUUACGUUUCGAGCGAGAACGCGAACGAGAGUUCAAACGGUAAGUCAGCCGUUCAACGUAAUUCGUAUAGGAAUAAUACCGGUAGCAAUUCGACCAAGAGCGCGAGCAGUAGUCAGGGUAGCGACACUCUCAGUCAAUCAAAUGAAUCGCAACCGGAAACGGUUACGGCAAAUGAACAUCCGGUGAGCCCACCCCCGGCCCCCUAUUCCCCCAUGACUCGACUACUCCCAACUCUAUCACCGCCCAACCCUCAGGUCCAGUUUUACGCUCCUGCCCAACAAAACCGCUAUCAGCCUCCUCCGCCCCCGCCCCAACAUCAACAUCAUCAUCAGCACCAGGCGCAGCAUCACCAUCACCAACCACCGUCACACCAUCAGCAUCCGUAUCAGCACCAGCAGCAACAGCGACGCUACGCGAUGGCCACCUCUAUACUACCGACCGGACGGAACAAGACGUCGUCCUCGGAUAAGUACACCUCCACCGGAAGUACCGGGCAGACCGGCGCCUCCAUGCUGCGUCAGCAACAACAAAACAAAUACAAAGUUAACGGCGGUCUCGUACAGAAUAAUCCUGGAAACAGCGGUACCGGCGGUAAGGUGUCCGACGACAGUCUGGGCGGCGCUGGUGACGCCUCGAGCAACUCGGUCGGUCGUUUGCCGAUUACACCCCCGGCGACGCCACGCGGUCAUCACGCGAACCACUCGAGUCAUCCCGCCGCCGGCGAUCAGAAUCAAUUGACCGACGCGUGCCAUCAGAUGCAAGCGCUCACACUCUAAGCGUCUUUUUUUUCUCUAAUCUGUGUGUCUGUCUCUUGUACUUUUCUUUCUCUUGAUGUUGUAAGAGAGUCCUCAUCGUUCUCAGAUGAUACUCAGAGCCAAUGGGCCAUACUCGAGCGGGCUAUACAAAUACGAUGUGUUACACGAAUAGAAUUUAAUGAAUUGUCCGAGAGGACGAAGGAAGUUGGUCCGGAUGUUGUUGGGGCUAGAGGGUAGAAAGUAUUUAAAAAAUAUGGGAUAGUACUAAAGGGGGGAAGUUAAUGGGAGUUGAAGUGUGAU